AUGGGCCCAACAGGACCAUGGCCCGGUCGCAUAUACAAAAUUCGAGACCCGGAGACCGAGCGACAAAUUACACUCGUAAAUGGGGAGCUCAAGUUAGAAAAAGACAUGGGCAACCAGGGAGGGUAUCACUGGCAGUGCAUAGAAACAGAUGGGUACCUGGGAUUUCGGAACCCCAGUAAUAACGUGCACAUGGGCCAUAACAACUGGGGUCAGUUCGUCGCCCGAGAGUAUCACCACUGGGGGUGGGAAUUCUUUAACACGAGAGCUCAUCCAGAUGGGGGCCAGCUAUUGUUAACAGUUCAUGGCAACGAAAUGCGGAAAAUGGUAGUUGAGAAGGGUACCUUUAAGCUGGUAGAGACAAAGGGUGACGGUACGGCAUGGGAAUUUGUGGAGGUUCCUACAUGA